GAGAGGGGAGGGCGCGGGGAGGGGAGAGCGAAAAUAAGAGGUGAAAGAGUGAGUGUGAGGAGAGCAGCAACACACGGAUCAGUCACUCUCCGCUGGUGCUCCAACCCUGGAAACACCAUCCAGUCAUCACAUCGCCCGCGAUCCUGCUAUGCGCAUUGGACGAGGAGACGCCACUUGCGCUUUGGUUUUGGAUUGGUGUUGAAUCUUUUACUGUGCAUCACUGGACAGGAUGGAGCAUUGGAGACAAUGCGCGUUAUGGCUGAUCAAUUGUAAGGUGCUGCCACCGAACCAUCGGGUAACAUGGGAGUCCGCACAGGUGUUCGACCUGGCGCAGACCCUGCGGGAUGGGGUCCUCCUGUGCCAGCUCCUCAACAACCUGAGACCCCUGUCCAUCAACCUGAGGCAGAUCAACCUGAGACCUCAGAUGUCACAGUUUCUCUGCUUGAAGAACAUCAGGACAUUUUUGCACGCCUGCUCAGAGAUAUUCGGCAUGAAGAAGAGCGAGCUGUUUGAGGCUUUCGAUUUGUUUGACGUUCGAGAUUUUGGAAAGGUUAUGGACACACUGUCCAAACUCUCUCAUACACACAUUGCACAGCAGACUGGAAUAAGGCCGUUUCCCACAGAAGAGAGUGUUGAGGACGAAGACAUUUAUAACCAUCUAGAGGAUCUGAUAGAUGAGAAUGGUGUUGAGGAUGAGGAAGAUCUAUAUGACUGUGUGUAUGAUGAUGAUGAGGGAGGAGAGGUGUAUGAAGAUCUGAUGAAGGUUGAGCUGGUACAGCCACAGAAACAAGCUGAGACGGACAUCAGAAGCUGUUGUCUGAUGGAAAUCAAACAGACUGAGGAGAAAUACACAGAGACGCUGGACUCCAUAGAGAAAUUCUUUAUGAAGCCUCUGGGACAGUCACUGUCCAGUGUGGAGAUUGAAAAAGUGUUCAUCAAUAUACCAGACCUUGUGAAGGUGCACACGAGUCUUCUGAGAGAGGUCCAGGAUUCAGUGCUCAUGCAUAACGCCAAUAACCUGUUUCAGAUCUUUAUAAAUUACAAAGAAAGAUUAGUCCUGUAUGGGAAAUACUGCAGUCAAGUAGAAUCAGCCAUUGCGUCUUUGGAUGACAUCUGUAAGAACAGAGAGGACGUCAGGCAGAUGUUAGAGUUAUGUUCCAAACGAGCCAAUAACGGGAAGUUUACUCUGAGAGAUCUUCUGGUGGUUCCGAUGCAGAGAGUUCUGAAGUAUCAUCUACUUCUACAGGAACUGGUGAAACACACCCAUGAUGCCACAGACAAGAGUAAUUUACGGCAAGCGCUGGAUGCCAUGAAGGAUCUGGCUCAGUAUGUCAACGAGGUGAAAAGAGACAUCGAGACUCUACGAGACAUCGACCAAUACCAGAAAUCUAUAGAAAACCUUAAUCAGUCUCUCCGUAACUAUGGGAGACCGAAAGGUGACAGCGAAGUGCGAGUAGCUUCAGUCGACAAACGAGCCAAACAAGACAGGCACAUCUUUCUGUUCGACGCCGCCGUGAUCGUAUGCAAACGACGAGGAGAUAACUACGAGAUGAAGGAGGUGAUUGACCUUCACUCCUUCAAGAUCACCAACAACCCGACCUCAGACAGAGAAAACCGAAAGUGGUGCCACGGAUUCUACCUCACACACAAUCAGGGUCAGAACGGCUUCGAGUUCUUUUUUAAAACCAAGGAGGUGAAGAAGAAAUGGCUGGAGCAGUUUGGCAUGGCAUUAUCGAACAUCUGUCCGGAGAGUGGGAAAAGUAAUUUCCAUGAGUUCCGCAUGCACACCUUUGAGACAACCACAUCCUGCAGCUCGUGUAAAAUGCUGCUGAGAGGAGUCUUCUAUCAAGGCUACCGCUGCUCAAAAUGUGGUGCUGGCGCCCAUAAGGAGUGUCUUGGUAGGGUGGACGUUUGUGUCAGCAGUGCUGAUUCCAGCUCUUUCGGAUCUCAGAUUGGAAAACCACCCGGUCGUGGAGGAGACACAGGUCUCCCUAAGAUGAUGGUCAUCCGUAAUUACUAUGGGGUUCCAAGCUCCCUCUGUGGCCCACCGCUCAACAUCCAGGUUGGUGAUGUCAUCGAGGUGAUAGAGGCAAACAUCCGUAGCUGUUGGUGGAAGGGUAGAGUCCUGGCAACUAAGGAGGUUGGCUUCUUUCCAAGCGACGCAGUGAAGCCUUGCCCAUGUGUACCCAAACCUGUUGACUACUCUUCUCAGCCUUGGUUUGCAGGCCCAAUGGAGAGGCUGCAGGCAGAGGAAGCACUGCUCAACAGGACGAGCAGCACAUACCUUGUUCGUCACAGAAGCCGAGAGUUUAACGAAUAUGCCAUCAGCAUCAAGUACAACAACGACGUGAAACACAUCAAGAUCUUAACAAAGGAGGGACUCUUCCACAUUGCAGAAAACAAGAAGUUCAGAAGCAUUUUAGAGCUGAUCGAGUAUUACAAACAUCACUCUCUGCGGGAAGGAUUCAGGACACUUGAUACCACACUGCAGUUCGCCUUCCGAGAGCCGGAGAAUGGAGCCAACACCCCGCUGCUCUGCGGGCUGUCUUUUCUAACUCCCGCCGGCUACAGCUUUGUCCCCCCCUCUACUGCCCCAUUCUGGUCAGGUACAGGUACACGUUUUCUUUCUCCAUUGGUGUCGUUUUGUCAAGGUCGCAGGAGAUCUGAUGGUGCCAUGUAUACACGCCACCCCUUGCGUUUAACCCCGCCUCCCAUCUCAUUGUGCGUGUCUGUUUAUAGAUCAUCUCACAGCCGCUAUCAUCUUCUCUAACGCAUAGCCGCAUGCACCAUAUGUCCUUUGUCAGCCGCACGACACUGACUGACUGACAGUAUGACUCAUCAUUAUCUCAUUUCAGGCAGUUAGCUUAUUAGAUCCGUCAUUACAGGCGGUUUUUGUCAGGGGAGCCGUGAUGAAAAGGAAGGAGUCGGGCUAACUUUGUGACAUCUCUCUCUCUCUCCUUUACAAACUUCUCACUUUGAGCAUGACGGCAGCUAACUGGCAGCCAGUUCUCUGUCUGUACAAGUCUUGCUCAUUUUAAAACAGCUGAAGAGAAAGCGUCCUGGCACUGAGGCGGAUCUCAUCAACACACGUCUGGCAGGAGGCCUAGCUUCUCUGGCUGCCGUUCACAAAGUCCUCAGAGCCUAUGAAGUCCGAUAAGACAAAAGCUCAUUUGAAUCCGCCACCACGUAUUUCCCUCGGCCCACCGCAUUUAGAAAGAAAAAACAAACUGUUU